UUUCGCAGACCGAGACGUGUCAGUACAGUUCUCGUCUUCUUCUCCCGCUUCUCUUCGUUCCCACCGCGCUCGAGGUCAAACCAGUCCUGACAUCGCCGGCUCAGCGUUCACCACAACCCCAUGCGUCCGCCAAGCCCCCCUGCUCCCGCCGCGGCGGCGGCUGCGGCAGCGGUGCUCGCGCUCGCGUUCGCCGUGGCAUUGGCCGCGGCGGUCCCCGACGACUUCUAUUCCAUCGUCGCGGCGCCACCGGAGCGGACGCACGAGGAGGCGCGGCGGCUGUACGAGGCGUGGAGGUCGGAGCACGGGCGGCAGCCCAGCAACGACCUGGGGGAGGACCGGCGGCGGCUGGAGGUGUUCCGCGACAACCUCCGCUACGUCGACGCGCACAACGCGGAGGCGGACGCGGGCCUCCACGGCUUCCGCCUCGGCCUCACCCCCUUCGCCGACCUCACGCUGGAGGAGUUCCGCCUCGGUCGCCUCGGCUUCCGCCGCAACGGCACGGCGGGCCGGGUCGGGAGCGCCCGCUACCUGCCCCGCGCCGGGGAGCAGCUCCCCGACGCCGUCGACUGGCGCGAGCGCGGCGCCGUCGCCGAGGUCAAGGACCAAGGCUCAUGCGGUGGGUGCUGGGCGUUCUCGGCGGUGGCAGCAGUGGAGGGGAUCAACAAGAUCUUGACGGGUAGCCUCAUAUCACUGUCGGAGCAGGAGCUGAUUGACUGCGACAAGCUCCAGGACCAGGGCUGCAAUGGUGGACUCAUGGAUAAUGCCUUCCGGUUCAUGAUCAAGAACGGUGGGAUCGACACUGAGGCUGACUAUCCUUUUACUGGCCAUGACGGGAGGUGUGAUCCCAACCGGAAAAAUGCAAGGGUUGUGUUCAUCGACUCAUACGAGGAUGUGCCAAUCAACAACGAGAGAGCAUUGCAGAAUGCGGUGGCGCACCAGCCUGUUAGUGUCGCCAUUGAAGCAUCCGGUCGUGCAUUCCAGCUCUACCGUUCGGGCAUCUUCGACGGGAGAUGCGGGACGUCCCUGGACCACGGCGUGACGGCUGUGGGCUACGGCAGCGAGAACGGCAAGGACUACUGGAUCGUGAAGAACUCUUGGGGCACCCGGUGGGGCGAGUCCGGCUACAUCCGCAUGGCACGCAACAUCGACGUGUUCGCCGGCAAGUGCGGCAUCGCCAUGGAGCCGUCGUACCCAGUGAAGGAUGGCCCGAACCCGCCUAACCCGGGCCCGUCCCCGCCGUCGCCGGUGAAGCCCCCCAACGUGUGCAGCCUCGAGUACUCCUGCCCGGACGCCACCACCUGCUGCUGCGUCUCCGAGCACCGCGGCGAGUGCCACGCCUACGGCUGCUGCCAGCUCGAGUCCGCCACCUGCUGCGAGGACCACUUGUCCUGCUGCCCGCACGACUACCCCGUCUGCAACGUCCGCGACGGCACCUGCCACACGAGCGUGAACAGCCCGAUGACGGUGAAGGCUCUGCCGCGCACGCCGGCGAUGUACACCGGCGGGCAGGGCCGGAGGAGCAGCUGGUGAGGUGACUGUGCUGGAGAUCGUUCUUGGCCGUUGCUGUGGGCUCAGAACUAGUUAUUUUACUUGUUUUUGUUCUGAGUCGUGAUGCACGGUGCGCUAUGCCAUCUGCUGUACGCAGACCACCUGAACUAGGUUAUAAAUACAAUUCUGUACUAAGUAAAUAAACUUAUGUAAUAAAUAAUUUAGGAAAUAACCUUGUGGAAUAAAUACUUCUGCAAAAUUAUUUUCGCUUGACGAUA